AAUAAAACAAGACACGAAUCCAAACACGACAUCAAAUUAAGUUUGAGUCGUGUUGGACUUACUUUAUAAAAGUAUUGCAUGGUAGAGACAUAUAUUUACAACUCUAUGUCCACCUAUCAUUGCCAUGAGUGUGGAGGUUGAAAUCUUUGUACUCUCAAUCUCAAGGGUGUUCACUCUUACAUCUGAUGGGGUUUAGAGAUGAACACAUUGUCUCAGCCAAACACUCUUUUUGUGGGAAAUAUAUAUAGUGUUUGAAGGUACAAACAAACCACCAUAACUCUAUUGUGAUUUUUGUGACCAAAAGACUAUUGAAUGCAGUCACUGCACUCACUUAUUUAUAGUUCAUUAAAUGCAUUUUCCAAAGUUUCAAUAACCCAUUCAUGGGCAAUCAAAUCAGGUUCCAUAACAGAUAUUUACAUAGCUAACAACAUCCUUAAUGGGUAUUCGAAAUUUCAAGAAUUUCGGUAUGCCCAUAAACUGUUUGAUGAAAUGUUUCACAGAGACACUGUGUCUUGGAAUACAGUUAUUGCUGGUAAUGUAAACUGUGGGAAAUUUGAGUUUGCUUGGGAAGUUUUGAGAAACAUGAGAAGAUUUGGAUAUGAACUUGAUGGUUACACAUUUGGAAGCAUACUUAAAGGAGUUGCUUUUGUUAACAGAUGGGAUAUUGGGCAACAAUUACAUUCAUUGUUAUGUAAGAUUGGUUGUAUUGGUAAUGUUUAUUGUGGAAGUGCACUUUUGGAUAUGUAUGCAAAAUGCGAGAGAGUUGAGGAUGCAUUUUUGGUGUUUGAAGAAAUGCCCGAAAGAAACGCUGUUUCGUGGAAUGCGUUGAUUUCGGGUUAUGUUGAAGCGGGCGAUCGAGGUACUGCGUUCGGUGUUUUUAAAUGUAUGGAAGAAGAACAAAGUGUGAAGCUUGAUGAUGGUACUGUCUCACCACUUUUGACAUUGCUUAAUGGUGUUGAGUUUUAUCAGUUAACUAUGCAGAUUCAUGGGAAAAUUAUAAAGCAUGGUGUGGAAUCUAAUAACAAGGUUUGUAAUGCUAUGAUUAGUUCAUAUUCUGAUUGUGGAUCUUUAGGAGAUGCUAAGAAAGUGUUUGAUGGUUCUUUUGAAAACAGAGAUGUGGUGACAUGGAAUUCCAUGAUUGGAGCUUGUUUAGUUCACAACAAAGAAGAUUAUGCAUUUAAACUCUUUAUGGAAAUGCAGUGGUUUGGAUUUGAACCAGAUAUAUAUAGCUAUACUAGCAUUAUAAGUGCUUGUUUUGAAGAAGCACAUAAGAACUAUGGAAAAUCUCUCCAUGGUUUGAUUAUAAAAAGGGGACUUGAACAAUCAGUUCCAGUUAAUAAUGCUUUGAUUGCUAUGUAUCUUAAGUCAAAUAACAGAUCCAUGGUGGAAGCUUUGAACAUAUUUGGAUCCAUGAAGUUGAAAGAUCGUGUUUCGUGGAACUCGAUUCUGACCGGAUUAUCACAACUCGGGUUGAGUGAAGAUGCCUUGAAACUGUUUGCACAUAUGAGAAAUUUAGCUAUAGAAAUCGAUCACUACACGUUUUCGGCUGUCCUCAGGUCUUGCUCGGAUUUAGCAACCCUCCAAUUAGGCCAACAGGUUCAUGUAUUGUCACUUAAAUCGGGCCUUGAGUCAAACGAAUUCGUCACCAGCUCGCUGAUUUUCAUGUAUGCAAAGUGUGGAAUCAUAGAAGAUGCAAAGAAAUCGUUUGAAAACAACCCGAGAGACAGUUCAAUCACAUGGAAUUCGAUCAUUUUCGCUUAUGCUCAACACGGGCAAGGCUACAUUGCACUGAACCUCUUUGAAGAAAUGAAAAACAAAGAAGUGAAAGCCGAUCACAUCACAUUCGUUGCGGUUUUAACAGCUUGUAGCCAUAUUGGUUUGGUUGAACAAGGCUGCAAGCUUUUAAAAACAAUGGAAACCGAGUAUGGAAUACCUCCCCGAGCAGAACAUUAUGCUUGCGCUGUUGAUAUGUAUGGACGAGCAGGGCAUCUAGACAGGGCGAAAACAUUGGUCGAAUCAAUGCCAUUCGAGCCUGAUGCAAUGCUGUGGAAAACUUUCUUAGGUGCUUGCAGGGCUUGUGGAAACAUUGAACUAGCUAGCCAGAUUGCUAGCCAUCUUCUUGAAGUGGAACCCGAAGAGCAUUGUACUUACAUACUCCUUUCGGAUAUGUUCGGGUAUCUAAGGCGUUGGGAUGAAAGAGCAAAUGUAAAGAGGCUUAUGAGAGAAAGGGGUGUGAAAAAAGUCCCUGGUUGGAGUUGGAUAGAGAUUAAGAAUGAGGUACAUUCUUUCAAAGCUGAAGAUCGUUUACACCCCAAUUCUGAUCAGAUAUAUUUUGUUCUUGAAGUUUUGAUGUUUGAGUUUAGAACAACAUUAGAUGUUGUUGAUGAUGAUUUUGAUGUUUUGAUUGACAAUUUGGAGGAUUUGGCUUUGUUUUCUGAUCCUAUUCCAGUUGCUUUGUUUUCUGAAAGUGGAAUGUAAGACCAUCCCUGUAAAAUUGAGUUAUAUUUAGCACAACAAAUAGUGAAAAUAAUUAUAUAAA